AUGAAUUGUUUUCUGGGCUUGUUUUCAGUUUUCUUCAUUGUGCAUCACACCAAAACACAAGAAUGUGACUACUUUCCAUAUAUACCACUUGGAAUGACAGAUCGAUAUAAUGGGAUUAUUGAUGAUCAAAUCACAGCAUCAUCUUCAUUCUCAGAUCAGACAACACCAAAUUAUGGAAGACUGCAUAUAUCGGAUGCCUAUUUAUUCGAUCAAGAAUUACAAGGUGCAGGUGCAUGGGUUGCAUUAGAUCAAGAUGAUAAACAAUGGAUACAAAUUGAUUUAUUAAAACGUAAAGUUAUACAGAGUGUAGCUACUCAAGGCAGACAAGGUGCAAGACAAUGGGUACAAGAUUAUUACAUUUAUUAUACGGAUUCAGAUGAACCAGUUCAUUGGUCUGUGAUAAAAGAUGAUAUGGGUCAACCAUUGCUGUUUGAUGGAAAUGUUGACGACAAUACUGUAAAAUUCAAUAAUUUCUCCUAUCCAAUUGUUGCGCGUUUUAUACGCUUAAAUCCACAAAGAUGGCGUGAUUUAAUUUCCCUGAGAAUGGAGUUAUUCGGUUGUGAUUAUCGUCCAUUUGUUGCUUAUUUAGAUGGUACAAGUUGGAUUGACCUACGCUUAGAUCUUCCAGGACGUGCAACUCAAACUGUUAUGGAUGAAAUAAGCUUUAGAUUUCGUACAAGAGAAGUGAAUGGUUUGAUAUUGUACGGGGAUUCAAGUCAGGGGGACUACUUUUGUGUAGAGCUGUAUAGGUUGAGGAGAUUACGAGUUCGUGUUAAUCUUGGCACAGUUCCAUUAUCCAGUGAACCCACUGAUAAUACGGUGGAUGCAGGCAGUCUGCUAGAUGAUGAUCAGUGGCAUGAUGUUAAAAUCAUUCGAGAACAAAAGAAUUUAAACAUAUCUGUUGAUAGAAUUAAGGUGUGGAGGAACAUCUCAGCUAUAUUCCUACAUAUGAACAUGAAUCGAAAUCUAUCAGUUGGAGGUUUGCCAGACUUUUCAAAUCGACGGGGUGUAAGCGUCAGUCAAAAUUUUAUCGGCUGCAUAGAAGAGUUUAUUUUCAAUGGUGUACACAUCAUAAGAGAUGCUCAACGAUCAUUGAUGAAAAUUACUCAAUCACAAACUGUCAAUGGUAAUCUAGAAAUCCCGUGGGAAGAAGCUCUUGGCUAUCCAAAACGCAAUUCUUUUCUAUGGUGGGGUCCACCGGUUACUGAAGAAAAACUGAAUAUCAGUGGUUUGGCUAUCGGUGGCUCAGGCGUAAUAGGAACAGAAUGUCCAGUAUAUUGUUUUUUAAAAAUUGAACGAGAUGGCGGGACAAAUGUUUUACAAUUUGAAUUUGGUUUUCGAAGUCUUAAUAGAGGUGGAAUAUUAUUUUAUCAUACUGUUGAUAAGGAUAAUAAUUACAUAUCUUUUGGCAUGGAAGAUCAUACUGGACAUUUAACCUUGGAAAUUAUACUGCCUGGUGUAUAUAUUAUUAAAUAUACCAUACAGAAUAAAGAUUCUGCAGCCAUGAAGCUUACCGUGGAUAACAUUGUCUACACUACUGUACAAAAUAUGACAUUACCGUUGUAUUUCGAUAAAGUCUCAUAUAUUGGUGGUGGUCGACCUCAGCGUUAUUCAUUUCAAGGUUGUCUACGACAGAUACGUAUUAAUGGAAUUGAUGUGGAAUGGGAUAAAUUAGAUCCAUCAGCUCGUCAUCGAAGUAUUAUUAACGGGAGUUGUAUGAUACAAGAUCGAUGUAAUCCAAAUCCAUGUAAACAUGAGGCUCCAUGUUCACAGACUGGUGCCACUUUUUACUGUGAUUGUACAAACACUGGCUAUGCAGGAGCUGUAUGCCAUCAAAGUGAAUAUUUCACAUCAUGUUCAGAAGCUGGACUAUUUUAUUCACUUCAACAGUCGACAAUCAACAUAACUAUUGAUAUGGAUGGAUCUGGUGUAUUAAAGCCUAUUGAGGUGACAUGUGAUUUCACAGAUCAGAAUACAGUUAUGACAAUGUUAAAUCAUGAUGCUCCUGGUGAUAUUAUAGUUGAUGGUUAUCAAGCUCCUGGUUCAUACAGACGUAAAUUAAAUUAUGGACGCGCUGACAGAGAUACACUGGGGGAGCUGGUACGACGAGCAGUUGAAUGUGAUCAAUCGCUUACUUAUCAGUGUUGGAAUGCAAAACUUCUUCAAUUGCCUGCCGGAGGUGGAACAACUUAUGAAAAUCGUGCUUGGGGCUGGUGGGUUAGUCAAGAAGGCAGACCACAGUUUUAUUGGGGCGGAGGAGUACCAGGUUUACAAAAAUGUGCAUGUGGUGUCGAGGGAACAUGUACAGGAGAUUCGUUAACUUGUAAUUGUGACAGUGAUGGAUCAGCAGCUCCACCGUUAGUCGACACAGGAUUAUUACAAUUUAAAGAUCAUUUACCAGUUAUGGAAGUUCGAUUCGGUGAUACUGGUGGCAUCAAUGAUAAUAAGCGUGCAGCCUAUCGAGUUGGACCAUUGCGUUGUUAUGGUGAUAAGUUGUUUGAUAAUACUGUAACCUUUCGAAAGGUGGAUGCAAAUCUUGAAUUGCCACCAUUAUAUUCAGAAUUUGCAUUUGAUAUGUCAUUUAUAUUUAGAACAACUAUCACAGAUGCUGUUAUUAUGCAAAACAAUGGACGCGUAUCAAAACAAUUCUUUGAAGUUCGUAUUCGAAACGGAAAUGCAUUACGUGUCGCCUUCAAUGUUGGUAAUGGAAUUCAGUUGACAGAAGUUAUAACAGCACAUUGGCUUAAUGAUAAUCGAUGGCAUGUAGUACGCUUUGAACGUAAUCGUAAAGAAACACGUUUAAUUGUAGAUACACAAGAACCAUCUGUUAUUGUUGAAUCAUCACAACGUUCAUUUCAAGGAUUUGAUUUUGAUCAACCGCUUUAUGUUGGUACAACUCAAGCUUUUACAGAUGGUUAUGUUGGCUGUUUAUCAAAUCUAUUAAUCAAUGGUGUUGUACAAGAUAUGCGUGGCUUAGUUGAACGUGGUGUUUUCACUUACGGUUUAAGCGCUGGUUGUAAACCGAAAUGUGAUACAAAUCCAUGUUUAAAUAGAGGUGAAUGUGUUGAAUACUAUUCACAUUACCUGUGUGAAUGUGGACUUACACCAUAUCGUGGUUUUAUAUGUGGACGACAAAUCGGCGGAACAUUCAACAGUGGUCCAAUGGUGAAAAUUUUACUCGGCAGACCAAAAGAUCGUUUAGGUACUGUUGAAGAAUAUAUUCAGGUUGGUUUUAAAACAAAAUCAAAACGCGGUAUACUCAUGGAAAUGCGAGGAGAAGGAGAAAGUAAUUAUAUUAUUAUCAAAGUAAACAAUAAUGGUGGAAUAACAAUUGAAUUCGAUGUUGGAUUCAAACGAUACGAAGUGACAACUAACUAUGAAAUAGACUUAACUAACGAUCAACAUCACGUGGUCUAUGCAUGGAGAACGGAUUUAGGCACUAAAUGGCAUUUAAAGGUUGACGAUUAUAAUGAAGUAGUAGAAGAUUUCAGCAGUCUUUUAUCGCCAACAGCUGAUGUGAGAUUGGAUGAUCCAUAUGUUAUAUAUAUGGGUAGAAAUGAUACAAUGCAACCGGCUGAUGGUUUCGAUGGAUGCAUUUAUGCUGCACAAUGGAAUAACAUUUUCCCUUUGCAUUUAGCCUAUGAAGAACCAAGAAGUGCACUGGUUGAAAUGGUUCCAGCAGAUUCAGUUCGAGAAGAUUUAUGUGGUUUUAUUGAGAUAUUACCAAAACAGGAACCUGUAGAGAUACGUCCUUCUCCAGCUAUUCCGCCUAAUAUUACUAUGCCAGAAGUUACAGAUGACAAAGAAAGAGAAACUCGGAUUAUUGCUGGAGCUUAGAAAUCUAUCCGAGAUGUCCGGUAUCAACAGUAUGUGUCUGGUAAUUGCACUCUGGGAAUAUUUACUUCCUUUCAGGCACAAUAUAUCCUAUUUGAACAUUCUAUAUGAUGUUAGAGACACAGAAUAUUUUUCCCACGGUUAUAUAUUGCAUUAACAACAGAAUGCUAUAUGCCAUUUGAGCGUUCUAUUUCAUGCUGUUUAGUGUAAACCGAAAUCAUACACUCAGUGAUUGGUUAAAUAUAAUAUCAGAAGCACGAAUUGUACCACAGUGCAUAACAGUGUUGUGUUUAUCUGUCCUAACUACUAACCCACUACCAGCU